AAUUGUUGCGCAGUUAGUCGCAAAGAGGAAUUCAUGCUCGGAGGAAGUGAGCCUUGCAGGAAAGAUCUCUUAUUGCGUAGUUCGACAAGUAAUUUUGCAAAUCGAGCAUCAGACAUCGAGUGUUAACGAACGAAACGAGGGAUUUUUCAAAGUCGACAAGGAAAUCAUGGCACUUGUAUCAAGAAGCAUAUUCCGCAACUGGUGGGACGAUAUAGAUCGCUAUCACCAUGAGAUGGAGGAGCACUUUCGGAGGCUGAAUCUGCACGACGAUCUGUGGCGAAUGCCGUCACUCCGUGACAGGUUCCGGCCGUGGCGCGACGUAUUUGAAAAUCUGGAAAGUGAGAUAGGCGGAUGGGCAACAGUCGAACACGACGCGGACAAGUAUCGGAUAGUGGUGGACGUACAGCAGUUCACGCCGGAGGAAGUCACCGUUCGCACCAACGACAAGUAUAUUACCGUUGAGGCCAAGCAUCAUGAGAGGAAGGAUAGAUACGGUUAUGUAUCGCGACAGUUUAUACGUAGUUAUUUGCUGCCGCCGAAUUACGACAUCGGUCACGUGAAGCCCAGCUUGUCUUCCGAUGGUAUUCUGACUAUUACGGCACCCAAAUUGGCAUUACCGGCGCCGGGCGAGCGAUUCGUACCUAUAAUACGACGAACCUAUUGGCCGGCCAUCAAGGCCAAGUAAUGCGCUGAGGUGUUUCCGGAUAACGCGAAAAUUCAAUGAUUGAGAAAUUAA